CAGCUGCCCUGGACGCCCAGAUUCCCUUCUGUCUGCUGCCACACGGGGGAGCCCUUGAGGCGUCCUGCAGAGACCCCAGAAGACCCCGGUUGGUCCCCCUGGGAGCAGCCAGCACUGGAAGCGGAUGCCCCCCCCUGCAUCUGCCCCCCCCCUCUCCUGGUUUGGCUGCCCCUGCGGUCCAGAAGAGCCCCUGGGAGCCCCUAGGCUGCCACUGAGCAGACGGGGGCUGCACUGGCCAGGCCGCUCCCGCCAGUGCUGCUCUCCGGUCAAUCCGGCAGCCGAUGGGGGGGCUUCUGCAGUGCUUUUCUCCUCCAGGGAGAUGGGGCUUCCUCGGGGCAGGCAGUGCCCGGGAAGCCUGGCAAGCAUGAACCGCAGCCGCCGUGUCCGGAAGGCCCAGCACAAGCCCUGGGCGGCUGCAUGGAGGAGGCCUCUGCUUGUCAGCAGAGGCGCAGAACCUGAUUGCGGGUUGGGUCCCUGGCUCCUCAGAGAGGAAAGCCUCUCUGGCCCUCGGUCUGGUGGGACGGGAGCCCUGCGUGGCAUGGAGAAGCCACCUGCCCAGCCGUAAACGGCUGGCUGGGCUCCUGCGCAGGGCUGGUGGCAGAGACCAGCUCCAGCUGACACAGCCCUGGGGCCACUGGGGAGGGGGAGGGCGGGUUGCAGCGCCAGGCCCCGGGGCGGCUGCACCUGCUGAGGUCAACAAAACCGGGUGCUCCUUGCCCACCCAGCUGAGCAAGCAAAGCGGGCGCUCCAAAGUGAAAGCUCAUGAAAAUACCUCUGCCGGGACAAAGGGAGGGUGGGGGCAGCGGACUCUGUUUGCAUUAUACUUUAAUCCAGCAUUCUUGGUUCGGGUCACAUGCUGAUCAAUACUGCUGGCCUGGGACUCUGCCACCCGCUAUAAAUGGUGGGGCUCGGCGGCGGGUUUUCAGCGGCAGAAGCAAAUUUUGGUGCAACCGGUAGGGCUCCUCCGCUUGGCUUUUUCCUGGGCUCUCGAGGGGGCUCUCCCUCAACCGGGGCUGAAUCCCACCGAGGCAAAGGGCCGGUUGGCGGAGCAGAGGCAGAAGAGGAAGGAAGGCGGUGGGAGCCCCCUCCCCAAAACAAGGACUCCGCAGAGGGAGGAGGAGGAGGCCUGGCCUCUUCCUUGGCCAGAUGGCCGAGGUCCCUGGAGGCAGUCACUUCUCGGCUAAAUGGGCCAGGAUCCCUUUUCUGUUCCCCAGGAUGUUCUGGGGGUCGGAGGAAGCGGCUUCUUCCUUCACAUUGCGACUUUCCCCCUUUCUCCCCCGCAAAUGCGCCAGGCUCCUCUAGCACUGGCAAGCGCCCCUUGGCGAGUCUUUCGCCGUCCCUCUCUUCCCAUGCCAGGCCCCGGCCAGGCAACGGCCUGGCUUCUGCCCUGGGCCAAAGAGAGGCCAGGAGACCGGAGGGGUGGUAGCCCUCCUGGAGCAGAUGGGGUGGGCAGAGUGGGGGCGGUGGGGGCUGCCUGCCACCCCUGCUGUGACUUCUCUUCCCCAGGGAGCAGCCCCUUUCACCAUGGCCUUGGACCAUCAGACCUCGAAGCAGCUGCAAGCCACUUCCAAGAUCGCCCUCUUCGAGCAGGAGAACUUCCAGGGGCGCUGCCAGGAGCUGAACACCCCCUGCCCCAACUUGAAGGAGGCUGGCAUAGACAAAAUCAGCUCCAUCGUGGUGCACUCUGGCCCGUGGGUGGGAUAUGAGCAGGCCCACUUCAAAGGGGAGCAGUUCAUCUUCGAGAAGGGGGAGUAUCCCCGCUGGGACUCCUGGACCAGCAGCCGCAGGAGUGACAGCAUCUGCGCCUUGAGGCCCAUCAAAGUGGAUAGCCAGGAGCACAAGAUUGUCCUGUACGAGAAUCCCAGCUUCAGCGGCAAAAAGAUCGAAAUUGUGGAUGACGAUGUGCCCAGCUUCCACGCCUACGGCUACCAGGAGAAGGUGUCCUCUGUGCGCGUGCAGAGUGGCACGUGGGUGGGCUACCAGUACCCCGGCUACCGUGGGUACCAGUGCCUGUUUGAGAAGGGCGACUACAAGGACAACCUCGAGUUUGGAGCCCAGCAGCCUCACAUCCAGUCGGUCCGGCGCAUCCGGGACAUGCAGUGGCACCAGCAGGGCGCCUUCUACCGCACCAGCUAAGCCCCCGGAGGGCCCCGCAGUGCCCCCCUCUGCCGCCCGGCCGGGCCCCCUCUCCACUCGCUGCCUCUGCUUCUGCUUCCAACCCUGAAUAAAGCUUUUGUCAUCUGAAA